AUGCUUUUGAAGUGGCUGCUGUUCAGCCUGUGCAUAAUGCCGGCCAUGUUCAGCAAUACGAGCAGAAAGUGCCCCGUCGAAUGUAGCUGCAGCAUUGAUGAUAUGGACCGCUAUCAGGCCAUCUGCACAAAGGGUGGUUUGAGUUCGCUGCCAACAGCUAAUGUACUGGACAGCGAUGUGAAGGUGAUUAUAAUACGUGGACCACGCAACUCGAUAACAAUCGGACCGGCACUGCGGCAAUUUAUGCAGCUGCAAGUGCUGCGCAUCACCGACUCCAAUUUGCCAGCGAUUGGGGCCGAGUCCUUUUGGGGUCUUAAAUAUCUCCGGAUAUUAGAUCUAUCGAAGAAUAAUAUAACAAACAUCACGGAAAAUAACUUUCGUGGCCAGGAUAAUCUGCAUGAAUUGGAUUUAUCAAAAAAUAAAAUAUUGCGCAUGGCCAGCUCAACGUUUCGCCAUCUGAUGGAUCUGCGACGUCUUAAUUUGGCCGACAACUCAAUUGUGGAGCUCGUGCAGCGCAACUUCUUCAUGCUGACAAGACUGAAGUACCUGGACUUGAGCGGAAAUCCGUUGCAGGAUUUACAGCCGGAUGUAUUUCGCGAUGUGCCCGAACUAAAAGUACUCAAAUGCCGCAAUUGUCAGCUGAAAAAAAUCAAUCCGCAGUUGUACAAUUUAUUGCCACUUUUAAGCGAAUUGGAUUUGGGUCGCAACGAGUUCAAAUUCCUUGACAAGGAUGAAUUUCGCGACGUGAAGCGCCUCACCAAAGUUUUACUCGACGGCAAUCAAUUGUCUGUGGUCGUGGACCAACUCUUCCGCAUGCAGAAAAGUCUUAAUCACUUGGAUUUAUCGUACAAUCGGCUGGCCAAAGUGCCGAAUGAUUCGUUUCUGCAGCUCACCAAUCUCACAUUUCUGGAUCUCUCGUAUAAUAAGCUGGUGCGUCUGGAGCCGCAGUCUGUGCGGAGUUUGUCCAGCCUGAAGGUUCUGAAUAUUAGCGGGAAUCUGCUAAUGGAUUUGAGAGAUAUGCACGAAACUUUUGCUAUGAUACCGGACCUAACGCACUUGGCCAUUGCGGAUAUGGGCCCGCUGCCAGUGGGCCUGCUAUCGCCUUUCCGGCAACUGCGCUAUUUGAAUAUCUCGGGUAAUUCAUUGGAUAACAUGGCACUGCAGGUUAUCGAUCCCUGCCGUGAGCUAGAGUUUUUGGACUUAUCACGAAAUCAAUUAUACGGCAUCAACGCUGACACGGCAAUACGAAUUCAGAGCAUUCGCAAUGUGCGCCUGGAUAACAAUCCGCUCAUCUGCGAUGAGUGCCACAUGGGGAAAUUAAUAAAUGUCGUGCGACAACUGCAAUGGCAAUGGGACACAUAUCCCAUUUGCUUUCUGCCGAAGAGUUUGCGUGGCGCUCAAAUAAUUAAUUUGGACAUUGGCGGGCUUCACACGUGCCUCGAUUACAUCAGCGACGAGGAGCAGAAUGCCGCGAGCACUUCAUAUAACUUUCUUGAGCAUGGUGGCCUUAAUACCUUGGCUAUAUUGGGUGGCAUAAUUUUUGUGCUAAUUGCCGUUAUAAUAUUAUCGCUUGUGGCUUGCUUUUCGAAGAACCGCGCACGCUACUAUACCAGGGAGGAUCAUCUCAAUGGCAGCGACAGCAAAUGUUUGGAAAAGAACUUGGAGUCGGCUACAAUCACAACGCUCGGCAAUGGCAGCUCGCCGACGACAACCACCACACUGACGUUGGCCACAUCGCCGGCAGGGGGACCAGCAACGAAUGGCACAACAACAACCACAACAAAUGGCAAUACAAAUGGCCAAAUCCAGAGUCCAGCUAAUGGCAGCACGCCUUCACAUGCGGCCAUCGAUGCUGCCGGCAAGGAAAUCAACUUUACGUUUCCAAUUGACGAUCGUGUUUGCACCAUCGACGAGCUGGUGCUGCCACCGGCGCCGCCGCCCCCUGCCGUCGCCCAAGUGCACCAGCAGCCGAGCAUGGGGAGUCUAAUGUACAGCGUCUCGCAGUCGCCGAGCAGCASCAGCAGCUGUGGCACGGCUACGGCGCGUGCAGCAGCAGCGGCUGCCGCAACGGUCAUUCCACCGGGCGCACCGUCGCCAAUGCCGAUGCCAGUGCCGAUGCCGUUGGCUGGACCCGCUGACUCUGUGGUUGUGGUGCUGCCACCACCGCCGCCGCUGCCGCAGCAGCAGACGGGCAGUCUGGCCAGCCUGCGCGAGGUGCAGCAGCAGCUGGUGCAUUUGAGCAGCACGCUCGAGCCGCUGGUCAGCGUUAACUGACCCAGGGGCUUGGCAGCAACGGCCGCAACGGCCCCAACCGCAGCAUCAGCGGGUAAGUUGGCCAGCAAGCAAACGUUGAGCACGACAGCAACGUAAGCCACAGGAGAGUUGGCCCCACUCACAAUCCCAGCCGCAGUCGCAGUCGCAGUCGCAGUCGUAGCUGAAGCCAAUAGCAGCAAAUUUUCGUUCACUGUUGGCGUACGGGUCGUAUAAUUAAUGAGACGGCGCACUGAGCAUUGUUUUUGGGGUCGAAUUGAAGUAAUUAGGAUUUGGGUUUGCAAUUAAGUUCAUUAAUCACGGGCGCCCUGACGAGAACUAAGGCAACAACAAAUAUGAGCUGAGUCUUGACAGAGCCUGGUGAAAAUUUAUUAACGAACUAAGCAUAAGUUAAUUAGGAUAAGGAUAACAGUAAAAUGCAUUUCA